AUGUUGGUUGGGUUAAUUAAGCGUAGCUUGAGGUAUUCUAAGCCAUUAAGUCUCUUAUGCUUCAUUGUCGGGAUCGUUGGCCUGCUAGCUUUAUCCCAACCGGAAUACAACUACGAGACAUAUGUCAGUGAAAAUGCGCUAUUGAUUGGUCUUGUUGAUGAAACAUAUAAACCAGACGCAAGCGUAACAACUAACAUAAAGGCGUUUGAUGACAUCAAAGAAGACAAAAUAAAGACCGCUGCAAAGAUCCGUCAAGAAAUGGAAGGUCUGGGUUUGGAGGUCUUCGAACAAAAGUUUACCUUUUCACACAAACUUCUUCAAGGACUGGGAAAUGUCUCAAGUUCAAAUUUGUAUGCAAUUAUGCGUUCUCGUAGUGGAAGUCGGACUGAAGCGCUUGUUAUCGUGGCACCACUUAGAGGCUCUGGAGAAUCUGAGGAAACUAUUUCAGGAAGCUAUACAUAUCUUAUUUCUUUAGCAAAACAACUAAGUUCACAGCUUUAUUGGGCUAAGGAUAUCAUAUUUCUAUUUCCUGAUAUGGAAUACGUAGGACUAAUUGCCUGGUUGGAUGCAUACCAUGGUGUAACUACCUCAACAAUUGUUCAGGGCUCCAAACUUGACGGAAGGUCAGGUAGUCUACAGGCUGGAAUUGCUCUUGAAUUUCCUUCACUCAAUUUAGCUCAAUUAGAUGUAUCCUAUCAGGGUAUUAAUGGCGAAUUACCAAACCUGGAUUUAAUAAAUACGGUUGCUCGUUUGGCAAGAAAACAUGGCAUUCCACUAUCACUACAUGGACAGCCCCAGGGUUUCAUCCAUUCAAGUCCUCUACCGAAUAUUCGGCAACUCAUCUCGUCGAUUUGGCUUCAAGGUUCCGGCUCCCCUUCUGGUCUUCAUGGACCUCUGAUCAAUUUUCAGAUUCCUUGCCUUACACUUCGUGGUAUUUCGUCCACUAAUCAGAAGCCCAACGCGCAAUUUGUGCGUCAAGUUGGAAGUCUGAUUGAAGGCUUCCUGAGAUGUUUGAAUAACCUCCAGGAACGAAUGCAUCAGUCUUUUUACUAUUACCUUUUACCCGACAUUUGGCAUUAUAUAUCGAUUGGCGUUUACACGCCUUUCUUCUGUAUUGCUCUAGCUGGAAUACUCGUUCAAGUAUUCCGAGUAUAUAUAGAGCUCACUGUUCCAGAGGCACAUCACUCUAUCCGAACAAAGCCAAUUGCUCAACCACGUAAGGAUUGUUCUUCUACUCUAAAUGACCGCAACAAAGAAGAAUCCAAUGAAGCUGAUGUGAGACAACGUUUUAAAAACCAGACCCUUAAUAAGGUUGCUGAUAUAAUUGACGAGGAGCCACCUCGAACAGGCAUUCCUGUCAGGGAAAUUGCUACUGACAUUUUUCCCGCCCUGACUUCUCUUGCACUCUGCUUUUCUGGCGGAGCUAUAAUCUACGAAUUGCCGGAAUUUGUCUACUCACGUUUGGUUCCACUAUCAAUUGAAGAUCCAAGCACGGUCUGGAAAACUACUGAGUUGUCAGUUGCUGCAUCAUUUGCUGUGAUUACAUUGGGCUUGGCUCUCUUUCUCCCAGUUUUAGCUUCAGUCACUAAAAGUCCAUGGCUUGGUUAUUGUCAGAAAUGGCGUCUAAGCUGUGCAAUGGCAGCUUUAUUAUGGUCUGCUUUUCUUGGCUGUCUUUCUCCUCUGAAUAUAUCGACGUCUUUCCUCCUGUUGACAGUGCUUGAACCAGUGAUUCUUUUAAUCAUUUCUUUGAGCAAGCCCCCAAGGCUUUAUCGAAUAUUCGCAAUAUUAGCGCUUCUGGCAGUUUCACCACCAAGUUUAGUCGUCUUGGUGACCCAACUGCAUCCACACAUUUCGCAAUAUCCACCUGCAACCUUCAAAAAGAUAACCUCUCUUGUUGACCUUCAGGAAAUUUGUGGAAAAGUACUUUGUCAGGCUCAUAUGGAAGCGUCGGUUUUAGGAUCAUGGAGCUGGUCCAUUCUGUCUUUGGGUGUCGUUCCUCUCUGGCUUUUCACAUGGAAUGCGGUUCUCCUUUCAAUGGAAUGA